CAGGGUUGCCACAAAAACGUCGCUGCCGCCGCUGGCCAUCUCCAACGUGCGAAGAUAGGGCCAGGCGAAGCAGGAGGGUCACGUGAGCGCCCUGGACUGGCACCACCGAGAGGAAACCUCCGGGCUUCCUAGAGCGGACGGUGGGCUCCCGCCGUCCUUCCGGCUCGGCGCUGGCUGGGGGAGCCCGCCCUCCGACGGGAGAGUGGACGCUUGUGCUGGACGUCCGCCGGGGUGAGCCCAGUCUCGGAGGCGAGGUGGCUCGGCGCAUUCGUGGUCUUGGCUGGUUUGAGAGCCUUGACCUGGAAGAGCCUGGCCGAGGAGGCCCGCGCCUCUGCCCGCGGUGGCGGGUUCGUUCGUCUUCCUCCGAAGGGCUUUCUGUGCCCGCCUUCUUUGUUGGCGGCUGGAGAUGUCGGCGUCGCCUGCUUCCCGCCGCUCCGAGCGGGCGUGCGCCCAGCAUCACCCACCGGUCCACUUGAGCAUCUCUUUAUCCUGUUUUGACCCGCUGCCAAGCCUCCACCUGCAUUUUGUGCUGUAGCCCCUCUCGGUCCAGGCGCCCUCUUUCUCUCCAGAGGAGACCUCUCUUGGUCAUCGUGUCAAAGUGUCCAAGAUCUGAGACUUCCUCUCCCAAAUCAGAGAGCAGUGCAGGAAGCCAGGGGACGGCAGCCAUGCUUCAGACAGCGUGGUCCCAGUGUCACAUCUCAGGACCUGGAGGGCAGUGUGCGAAGCAGAGACGCCUGCCAUGCUCCAGAUCACCUGGCGCCCGGAGCCCGUGACCUUUGAGGAUGUGGCCGUGUACUUCACCCAGAAUGAAUGGGUCAUCCUGGAUCCUGCGCAGAGGGCCUUGUACAGGGAGGUGAUGCUGGAGAAUUAUGCAAAUGUGGCUUCCCUAGCUGUUUCGUUCACCAGACCUGUUCUGGUCUCUCAUCUGGAGCGAGGGGAACUGCCAUGGGGCCUCGAUCCCUGGGAACCCGCGGGGAGACCAGAACUGACAAGGAAGAAUCAAUGCCAAAAGAACACAUUUCCAAAGAAGCAGAGUCCCACGGACUGACAUUAGGAGGGCUGCCAGGGAAUGUUCCCCAGCACCUUGGCUUCAGGAGCCUCCUAGAACAGCACAGCCACGGGAUGGUUAAGAGGACAAACUCAACGAGGAGAGAUUUCACAGAUGGGUCAACCAGGCAUCAGGAGGCCUGUGCUGUGGAGAGCAGGGAGAAGUGUGAGAAACUGGGAAAAUACAUUAGUGUUAGCACACAACUCACUACGAAUCAGACAGUUUCUAGUGGUCAGCUAUCUUAUAAGUGUGGAAAAUGUGACAGAUGCUUCAUUCGGAUGGCAGACUUCCACAGACAUCAGAGAUGUCACACUGGUGAAAAGUCUUUUGAAUGCAAAGAAUGCAGAAAAUACUUCAGAUAUAAUUCCUUACUUAUCCGGCAUCAGGUAAUCCACACUGGGAAGAAACCAUUUAAAUGCAAAGAAUGUGGGAGAGGUCUCAGUUCAGAUAUGGCCUUGAUUCAGCAUCAGAGAACCCACACUGGAGAAAAGCCCUAUGAGUGUCGGGAGUGCGGCAAGGCCUUCAGCUGCAGCUCCGUCUUCCUCCAGCACCAGAGGUUCCACACUGGGGAGAAGCUCCAUGAGUGCGACGAAUGUUGGAAAACUUUCAGCUGUAGCUCAGGUUUCAUCGUCCAUCAGCGAAUGCACACUGGGGAGAAACCCUACGAAUGUAAGGAGUGUGGGAAACGAUUAAGCUCCAACACAGCCCUGACUCAGCAUCAGCGGAUCCACACUGGGGAGAAACCUUUUGAAUGUAAGGAGUGUGGGAAGGCCUUCAAUCAGAAAAUCACCCUGGUUCAGCAUGAGCGUGUCCACACUGGUGAGAAACCUUACGAGUGUAAGGUGUGUGGGAAAACCUUUAGCUGGUGUGGAAGGUUCAUCCUGCAUCAGAAACUCCACGUGCAGAAGACAUCUAUCCAAGAGUAGCACUCUCCACAGCUAGGCUCACAGUGCCUCUUCUUGUUUCUCCCCAUCUUCAUGCUUUUGAUAAUGUCAUCACUGCCUUCUCUGAACUGUGCUAAUUCUAUUUAUUUAUUUAUUUAUUUAUUUAUUUAUUUAUGGUUGCGUGGGGUGUUAAUUGCAGCACGCAGGAUCUUUCGUUGUGUCGCACCAGCUUCUCUCUAGUUGUGGCGUGGGCUCCAGAGUGUGCAGGCUCAUUAGUUGUAGCUCGCAGGCUUAGUUGCCCUGUGGCAUGUGGGAUCUUAGUUCCCUGACCAGGGAUCGAACCCGCAUCCCCUGCGUUGGAAGGUGGAUUCUUAACCACUGGACCACCAGGGAAGUCCCUAACUGUGCUAAUUCUUAAACAUCUGCUGCUUCUCUCUGCAUAACUGCAACGCGUGCUCCUCUGGCCUGUCCCACUAGGAUGUUUAAUUCAGACUCUCAGCUUCCAUCAUGAAACUUUCCUCAGGUUCUCUUAACCCUUGUUUCCCCAAGAUGAACUCUCUUUACAGUUAGAAAAGACAAGAAACAAACCCCCAAACUUAAAAACAUCAAAGGAAGGUUUCCAGAUUGAAAGGAUACACCAAGUGCCCAGCAAGAUGGAUUGGGGGGAAACCUACAUCAAAGCCCAUCACUGUGAAUGAUCAAAGCACCAGGUUUAAAGAGAUGUUAAAACGUUUCUAGAGAGGGAAAACAAAAGAUCAGGAGUAAGAAUAGCAUUGGAUUUCUCAACAGCAACCUUGACAUAUGACAAUGGUGUAUGCCUUUGACAUUCUAAGGGAAAUGAUUUCCACCAGAAUUUUAUACCCUCA